CACGCCGCUGGCUAUAUCGAUAAUCUCUUUUCACGGUCUUUAACAGCUUGAUUCGGCUAUAAUUAGCACGCCCGUAUUAAUUUUCGUAUCUACAUUAAAAACCAAGUUCGAUAUGACCCCUAACCAAUGGGGUUCCCAACUUUGUGCUGCUUGCCAAAGCAUCACGUUAGAAAUGUUCAUGGACGGUUUUGAACAUCCACUGAACUAUCCACAGAUUGUCGAGAUGGGAAAGACAUGCAUGCUCUGCCGACUAAUAGUAUGUUCUACCUGCCAUCUUCAGACAUCAGCGGGUCGGUACGAAGUGAACCGGGACUAUUACGCCUGGGCCUUGACUCUCCCCGGACUUCCUUACGUAGUCCGAGAUCCAGCCGCUGUCUUUCAAGAAAAUGGCCCUCCACUUCUCCAUGAAAGAGUGGAGUCUCCUCCUCGGCGUGUUUCCUGGAAGAGAAGUGUGACAAUAUCGCAAAGAUACAUAAAUGGAGACUUUAAUGACGGCAAGACCAUUCAGAUUUGGGCCCCUAAAGGUUCAAUAUACAACAACCACGGCUUUUUCACCGAAGAGGCAUCAAUCAUCAAGAGCUGUGGCUUCAGCUCUCAAGAAAUCGAACCGGCCAAUUCAAUUCGGAAUAAAUCACUCUUGUAUACUUGGCUUCGCAAUUGCGUUGAGGAGCACCCCAAAUGUCGGCAAUCAUUCUCCAGCGAUAUGUUCGAACUUGACGAAAACAUGGAUGAAAUCCAACCUCUCCCAACUAGAGUGGUUGAAGUUGGUCCAGGUAACGAUCAUAUCAAGUUGGUCUCAACCGCUGGCAAAAAGGGCGUGUACAUCGCCUUAAGUCAUCGAUGGGGAGCUCAAAAGAAUCUUCGAACUCUGAACGAAAACUUGGCGGAGCAUCUCGUUAAAAUCAAUGUGGAAGACUUAUCCCAAACAUUCAAGGAUGCAGUCGAAGUCACCCGCGACCUCGGUGCCCAAUACUUAUGGAUAGAUUCCCUUUGCAUCAUUCAAGAUAACGGGGAUGACUGGGCUUUUGAAGCGACUCAAAUGGGGAGGAUUUUCGAACGAGCAUACUGCACUAUCGCCGCAGUUGACGCAGUUGAUGACAGCACGGGCAUGGAUAGAGGACUCUUCCUUCCUCGAGAAGAAGACCCCCUUACAGUCCGCUUCCACUGCGCUCCACAAAAAGACCCUGUGCAACCUGAGAGAUUUCGAUCGAAAGAUGGUCAACCGUACUGCUGGAAGUAUACCUUCUAUUCGAAUCCAGAAGAGGAUGACGACAUGACCUAUGCGAAUCUCCUAAAGCAACAUCGACUGAUUGCAAAACCCAGACUUCUGGGAUCACCAUGGCAGAUUAUGCGCUCGAAAUGGAACUGGAGAGGCUGGAUCCACCAGGAACGUAUUCUUUCUAGGCGAAUGAUCUAUUUCUCCUCAACUAAACUCUCCUGGGACUGCCUUACCACCUCGGGCGAGGAAGAAUCGCUUGGUUUUGCCGCACCACCUCUUCGUGCACCCAAUUUCGAGAGCGACAUUCAGUGUUGGCAGUCACUCACGGAGGAUUACACAAAUUGCUUACUCACCUUUGAGUCUGAUAAGUUGGCUGCUAUAUCAGGACUCGCCGAGCGAUUAGGAAAGAGAAGCAAUAGACGAUACUCUGCAGGGAUUUUCCAAGAUGCCAACGGAAAUGGGUUGAUGUGGCGGUCAUAUUCCAACGACCCCAUGACGCAAUUGAACUCGUUCCACGCACCCUCAUGGACUUGGGCUGCGUACAAGGGCGCUAUUACGUAUGAUCUUGGGCGCAACAUGGGAAUGAACGAAUCCAUUUGCGAGAUUUCAGAGCCCGCCUUCGAUAUCACGUACGGCUGCCCGAACACAUGCCUGAACAGGUCGCGCACAUGUGUCACCGGAAGUGUAAGAUGGGUAGGAAUAAUCGGUACUGCAAUCCGAUCAUCCACCUUACGUGCUUUGAAUCUUUCCGAUGAUAAGGAUCUUAUCAAAAUCCUUGGCUCCGCCGUGCACUGGGAGCCACGACCGACAUUGCGCGUUGUUCAGGGCAUAUACGCAGAAACUCCUCGAAAGCUAAGUAUCCCAGACAGAGCGGAAGUGAUGAAGGAUGAGAAAGGAAGCGUCGUUGGUUGGGUACUCCUGGAUAUGGAUGGCCGCAUACCCAUAGAAGAGCCGUUCUUUUGUGUAGUGAUCAGGCGUUGGCGAAGGACAAUUCCGCCAACCCCAUCUUCGGGUCUAGUUCGGGGUUUCGAUUACAUGGGUGAGGAGUUCAUGGAUGUACUGGCAUUGAAAGAACGCGAUGAAAAACCCUGGACUUAUGAACGAGUUGGGGUUGGCAGGAUCGUGGACAAGAGUUGGAUACAAUGUUGCACGAUAAAGACUAUUGAAGUCUGGUGAAUGAAGAGACCCUGCCAGCCAUAUCUUCUAUAUCAAUCAACGGCGAUUCGAUCCAUUUCCUCUUAUAGGGCGACUUUAUCUU